UUCACCCUAACAUGUAGGUGAACUCACGGGGCUCAAACCGGAAGUGUUGCUUGCACUGGCCCUACCAAGAGCAGUGCUUCGCAGAAUCUACCACCGGAUCGGAAACGCGACCCACUGAGAAGAUCCGGCGAGAAAUUCAGUCCGUAUGGGAAAAACGGACCGACUUAUGCAACGCUGCACUAUUCUCAACAAUCUUCAUUAAGCGUGUUUGUGCUUAUUUAAAUUUCAGAUGUCGCAAAAGCUUGAUACCAGACCGAUAUUUUUGCAAAGGAAAUUCUUGCCGGUCUACCCGAACACUUUCUGUAAAGAGGUUUACGGCGACAAAUUCGUUUCGUCAACAAUGUUCUGUGCCGGGACACUGACGACGGGGGAAGGUGCUUGUGAUCACGACGCAGGCGGUCCGGCGAUACUCUCCGGUCGUCUCGUGGGCAUUAUUUCGUUUGGCCCAACAAUCUGUGGGUACCCUAAUGCUCCUACGGUUUUCACUUUGGUUGGCGCUUACGCUGAUUGGAUAGAAAACAUCAGAAAUACUAUGCCUACAUACUAUACGGGUAAAAGGCGCACCACCACCACCACCGUAUCGCCGCUUCACGAUUACUUCGUGACCUGGGGUAAGAUGUACAGGUCAUCGCAGUACACAACGAAUGGAAUUAAAGUCAUAAAUAGUCCCGUCAAGCCAGCGAUCAGAGGUGGCGACGACAGCGAAGAUGGCGGCUGGAGCAUCGAGCACUGAUUUGUUACAAAUACAUUAUU